UAGAGCCGGAAGGGAAAGGGUCAUCUUCCAGCGUUGCAGCAAAAUUCAACAACGCCCAUUCGUGCUGCUGUCCCUAUUGUGCACCAACCGACCGGGCACCAGAGUACAAGAUGGGGGGUCACCACUGGAGCUCGUGAGAUGAGGUCUCAUGAUCCUCCUCCUCCUGCAUCGCCUCCUUCCAAGAACCUGAGGCUCUAAAGGAAACCUCAGGCUGACUUGAAGACAACUUCUGUCGAAGUGAAUUUGUAUAUAUCUGAGGGUUGAAACUUUUUAGUUUAGUUCUUAAGUUAUAAAAGCCUUCGACUACUAUGGGUGCGAUCCAGAAGCUUUAUGAGGUCUGUAAAGGAUCGUUAUCUGAAAAGGGACCUAUAUCUUCUGAAGCCAUCGAUAAAGUCCGUGUUGUAUUAGACAAGAUCACACCUUGUGAUGUUGGACUAGAGUGUGAAGCUCAAGCUGCACGUGUUUGGCGGAGUACACAAACCCUGAGUAGGAGAAGAGUUUUUCCUUCCAGCCCUGCGAUCAGAUACCGUCACAUUUAUGAGUGCAAAAGCUUCUCAAUUGGGAUAUUUUGCAUACCAGCAUCGUCCAACAUUCCACUCCACAACCAUCCUGGAAUGACUGUACUCAGCAAAGUUUUAUAUGGCACAGUGCAUGUCAAAGCAUAUGACUGGAUUGAUAAAGCUGAACCUCUUAGCUUAUUGAAAGUGAGACAUGCCAAGGUUGUAAGAGACGGUGAAAUGUCGGCGCCUUGUGGGGCGAUGAUUCUUCAUCCAGAAGAAGGCGGGAACAUACAUGCUUUCAAAGCCAUCACACCAUGUGCUAUCCUAGACAUUUUAACACCUCCUUACUCUUCAGAAGGUGGGAGGCACUGCUCCUACUUCCGGAGCUGCCCAAAGUCAGACACAUCGGGCGUUUUAUUGAACCAUACAAAGGGAUCUGAAUUUGUUUGGCUUGAAGAAUACCAGCCCCGUGACAGCUUUGUCAUUAGAAGGGACCUGUACACAGGGCCUGCAUUAAAGUUAUGAGAAGAUCAUGCUCAGCACAAUAAUUGCUUUCUUAAUUUCUUAAGUUAUAAAGAAGUACAUAGCCAUGCAAAGCAUCCCAUUUCGCCUUUGUGCUUUGCACUUUUAUUUAGAGGCACGUAAUUAUUCCAUAAGGUCUGAUUUAUGUAUUUUAAGGUAAUUUUAUUGUACAUUUUCUAUGUAACUCGCUGACAAAAUAUUUAUAUAAUUAUAUAAAAGUGGAAGGUAUUUUUGAGCCUUCCUUUGGAUA